GGGCUUAUAAAUUUAACCAAAUCGAUAAUAAUAGCUCAUCGAUAGAUUGAUACACGUUGCUGUGCUUAAAUCAGAAUGUUGACAUUCAAUGAAUCGUUUUUUGCCGCCACAAUUUAAAGUUACUUGCCAGUUACUCGGCAGUAUUCGCAAGGCUAUCACGUGCUUUCUAACUACCGUUAUUUCGAUAGACACCAGUGAGACCUUGGCACUUAUAUAGGGUUGCCAGCUCAAUAGAAGGAGUAACAAUCGUAGAUAAAUUUUCAGAUACGGCAACACUCGCUUGACGUUUGAAACUUUUCCGGCUGUAUCGUUGUCAUUUAAUUUUUAGCCAGUUCAGUUUUUGUGCUUUUCUUUCAGUGUUCAGCAGCAGAAAUUUGUUUUCAUGCCAAAAAUGGUGAAUAACUCGGUUGUAAAUGCGCCCUUCUACCAAGAGAAGCGCAAAAUCGGUGGUCGUUCCGGUGGCAACGGCGGCACGGAGAUGGCUGAUUCAGAUCAGAGCAGCGCCAAUGCAGCCGAGAAUAACGAGCAUUUGCGUAAAAUUUUUGUUGGCGGUCUCUCAAUAAAUACUACUGCCGAAACGAUGCGCCAAUUUUUCAGUCAGUUUGGCAUUGUAUCCGAUGCUGUGGUUAUGCGUGAUCCCAUUUCGAAUCGCUCGCGUGGCUUUGGUUUUGUAACCUAUGUUGAACCGGGCGCUGUUGAAAACGUUCAGCGUGCCCGUCCUCAUAUCAUUGACAGCAAAACUGUUGAUACCAAACGCGCUUUUCCACGCCAUGAAUUCAACAAGGCAAUUGGUCAUUUAAGCAAUAUUAAGACGAACAAGAUAUUCCUUGGUGGUCUCAAGGAUUGCCACGAUGAGAGUACUUUGCGAGAAUAUUUUGCACAAUUUGGUACUAUAAGCAGUGUGAAGGUACUAUUAGACAAGGAGACCGGGCGCAAGCGUGGCUUUGGAUUCUUGGAGUUCGAGGAUACAGCUAGUGCUGCGCGUGCUCUAGCUCAAAGCAAGCACUCCAUUAAGCUAGUCACUGUGGAGGUAAAGAAAUCCACUCAGAUGCUGGAUUGUAGCAAACGCAUUCGCUUGCCGAUUGGCGGGGCCGCAUGCGCUGGCUAUGCGCCACCUCAGCCGACCAUCAUGGAUAACUUAGUCUAUAAUCCAAAUUAUAAUCCGUAUCAGGCACAAACGUCAUUGCCACCGUCGGCUUUCUUUAAUGGCUGGGCCUCGUAUGUGGCACCUACAAUUCCAACAACAACCGUUAGCUAUCCGCACCAUCAACAACAAUUGCCUGGCUACUCGCAGGGCGGGUGGGCCUACGGCAAUCCGUCGUACGUUGGCUCGGAGUGGUCCAGAAACAGUUACAGUUCAAUUGUAUGGCAGCCGAAAAUUGGCCAAAAGCCCGUUCCCGUUCAGACUGUACAGACUGAGCGUCCGAAGAAUGAGUACAAGUCAGUCCAAGCUGAAGAGGCCACAAAGAAGCAGACAUCGGUUGCCAUUGGCGAUGCCAACAUCGACACUCACGCCAACGUCGAUGUCGAAAAAAAGUGGCUAGCCAAGGACUAUAAGGUCUUUAAACCAACCGGCAGAUACAACUUUGGUACUCCCCAGACCAAUCAUAUUAGUUCCUUGCCCAAUGAUAUUUCAACACCUGCCUAUGGCAUUUAAGAAGUCUGCUUAUCAAGAGAAAUCACAAUUAAUUUCUAGUAUUAUAUAUGUGUAUAUAUAUAUACAUAUAUAUGUGUAUGCCAUGCAAUGUACAAGUCGAUCUAUUUGCUAAAUGUAUGUGAAAUACAUACCAUAUUUUAUCCAAAA